AUGAAUUUUCUGCCAGGAGAACCUAAUAGGUCAAUAGAAGCUGUCAGAAGCUGCAAUUGGAAUGAUGUGCCCAUAAUUAGCUACUGUUCAGGAAACAAUCUAAUCAUUUUAACCAACAAUUGCGCACGAGUUCAAACGAUCUAUCUAGACAAAGACCCCUAUAGUGUGGAUAUUAACAAGCUAAAUGGAAAGAUUGCGAUCACUUUGGACAAUGAAUUACACAUAUACAAACCUGUGAUCAGCAAUUAUUUUCAGUAUAAAAGAUCAAAGAAUCUGGCAGAUCUUCGUAUUGAGUAUCAGCAUGAACUGACAGUGACUAACGACGAAGACUCCUCGAGGAUCAAUAGCAUAUGUUGGAGUGACCACAUUGACCCAACUGAUGAUGAGGACAGUUCGAAUCGAUUUCUUGAUUUACCAGAUGAUCUGAACACGGAAACAAGCUGUGAAAUUGUUGUCGGAUCGAUGGAGAGCCUUACUCUGUGGAGAUUGUACUAUAAAAAUAAGAGGGAUCACGCCCACAUGACGAUUUCCGCUAGGAAGCUAUGGUUUAAAGUUCAGCCGUCUCCUAUCUACCUUUGUAAAGUAUCUCCAAGUUCUGAUUUGAUUGUCAGCUGUGGUAUUUAUGAUAGCUUCAUCAAGGUCUGGUUCAGAGUUUCCUACGGAAUUGUGAAAUCUGAAUUUGAUUUAACGUAUUUGAACAACCAAGUACAUGUUAGUCAAUUACGCUGGAAACAGGAAGUCACUGAAGCAUCGAGUAACCGUGACCAUAUGCACACAUUAUACUCCAUUGGUGUAGAUUCCAAAAUGAGAGUCUGGUCUAUUUUUGAGAUCGAUGGUAUUCACAGCUUCUACUACUCUGGUUCGGUUGAUUUCAAAGCCGAAGAUGAACCCAGUUUUAUUUUAAACAUUGAUGGUUCCAUUACGAAACGAAUGAUUGCCGACCUCAAGAGAAAGAAAAAGCAGGUGAGUGAGUUGCUCCUGGAAGAAGAUCUGGAGCUAUGCAUGGUCAUUUAUAGUAGCGGGAAAGCCGAGCUUUACUCUAUGGAACAUUUAAACUCUUUACCUGCUCGCCCUUUAUCCAUUGAAAAGUUACCUAUUAUAAACGGAGGGAUACUGAAAUUUGGCGAAAACUGUCUACCCAAACCCUUCCUCCUCAUCUACUUCCAAGAGCUUACUAUUUCUUCAGAUAACAAUCUCAAACUAGUGCUGCAUGACUUGAAUAAAUCUACUAUAAGAGACGUCUCUUUAGGCAAUGAUUUUCUUUUGGACGUUGCAAGAUCAACAGACCAGCCUACAUCACACACUGAAAAAGAAACCCUAGUUCCAGUUGGAAAGCUGGAUCAUAAGUUUACAGGGCAUAUGAAGUCCAUUCGGCGUUUGAUACGCUCAAUUGAUGGUUCGUCUGUUCUUUCAAUCACCAGGUUUAAUGAGAGUUAUCUUUGGUAUCCCAUUCGCCUUUCCAAUGGUGUUACUCUCAGUAAGAAAUGUACAAUUCGUGCCAAUAUUGUAGUAGCAGUGAUUCUGGCGAAAUCAGACAUUGUUAUUGGCAUAAGCGCCGGAGAAAUUUCUGUGUGGAGUACUGCACUUGUGCCGACUAAGACUGCUACCAAACUCACCAGCCUUCCAAUCGAUGAGGACUUGACACCUGUCAGUUUCUUUUUACUACCAGAAUUCAAUAGGGGCAAUAAGAACCUAUUCCAUAUUAUUGCAAUUUACGAUGUAAACAAUGUCAAAUGCUGGAAAUUUGAUCUUUCCUCAAAAGAAUUAUCCAAGAUCACCAUUGCAAACAUUCCCUUUAGCAGCCCUAACAACUCUGAAAUACAUCUGAUUCAACAAAUCGAUCCGGUUGGUCAUAGCAAUCGUUUUACCCGAACCCCCAAAGAUAUUUUGUCGAUUGUGGACAAAGAUGGAUAUGUAAAUAUUUUUGGAAUCAAGUUUGAAGAAGGACGUUACCAUUGGAUCCGAAAGUUUUUUUUCCACAGUAAUACACCAAAUAUGACUUAUAUCAAAGGAUCAUCUCUCCACAAAGUUGCUAUUGUCAACUCUUCGAAGAAAGUUCUCUCUAUUUGGGAUUGCAAGAGGAAGUUUCUAGAAUACCAAGAGACUUUCAGUGAGGAUCUUGAGAUCAAAGAUAUUGAUUGGACCUGUACAGACUAUAGCCAAAGUAUACUGGCGAUCGGUUUCAAUAAACAUGUGCUUCUGUUCACACAGCUAAGAUAUGACUACACAAAUGAGACUCCAUCGUAUAAGCCUAUAAAAAACAUAGAUUUGUCAUCUAUGACAACUCAUGACAUUGGUGACUCUGUCUGGCUGGAAGAUGGUACAAUAGCAAUAGGAUGCAGCAAUCAAUUUUAUGUCUGUGAUAAAAGCCUGGAUAUGAAUGACGCUGUUACUCAAGACCUCAUUGGUUCUUAUAAUGAUGCCCAUGUGGAAGAUAUAUUUGAACUUUGUGCUUUUGUCAACGGACCAUUGCCUCUGUAUCAUCCACAAUUUGUUAUUCAGAGUUUUUUUUGGGGAAAGUACACCUUUGUAGAAAAGUUACUAGUACAGAUGUACAACAAGCUACGAGAACUUGAUCUAAAUCCAGAGUUAGAUGCUUCAAUUGAGUUGAGCAGAAACUUUGGGUCCGAAAAGAUCAGUGAUUACGUUAGAGACCAAGAGAAUUUUUCUACAGAUAAUACUCCUCAAGUCUCCAGAACUCCAAGUGCGGUUUUUGACCAAAAUGAUUUGGGAGAAGCUACUAGAUUGAAGCCUGAUGUCAGUAAGGUUCUACUAAGCAAAUUGGUGAAGUAUAGGCUUCCAUUUCUUACGGGACAUCAACAGAUUACUUUAGCCAGCACAAUUGAGAUCCUUACGGAUAUUCUUGAAAAGUAUCAGGACGUUUUAGAUCCCAAUGGAUUGAGGUUUUUUCUAGGGUACAAGUUGUUUUUGCUGAACAGCACAAAGGUUAACCAAGUUUACGAUAGUAUUACUAUGCGAGACGUCAACUUUGCUUUACAUAGUGACAACAAAGACGUUUUGCUUAACAUGAUCCUUGAUCAACAAACGAAUAGCAAGAAUAAAUUAACUUGGAAGCUUGCAAGAAAGAUUCAAACUUUCUACAGCAUUGACAAUGACGGUAAAAGGGAUCCGUCGACUUGCUCGAUAUUCUAUCUAGCCUUGAGAAAGAAGCAAAUCUUGAUCGGACUAUGGAAGAACAGUAUUGGUCAUCCAGAACAGAGUAAAAUGUUGAGAUUUUUGUCUCAGAAUUUUAAGGAGCAAAGGUGGAAAUCAGCUGCAUUAAAAAAUGCUUUUGUUUUAAUGAGCAAACAUCGUUAUCUAGAUGCAGCUAUCUUUUUCUUAUUGGGGGAUUCCCUGAAAGAUUGUGUGAAUGUCCUUGUCAAGAAACUUGAAGACGUUCCUUUGGCCAUAGCGGUCGCUCGAGUUUACGAAGGUAAUGACCAUGGUCCGGUACUGAAAGAAUUGUUGACUAAUACUAUCCUAGUCAGCAGUGCUGUCAAAGGAGACAGAUGGACCACAAGCUGGGUAUUUUGGAAACUCUCAGAUCGAAACAGAUCUAUUCAAGCUUUGAUUAAGAACUGUAGUGAACUGAUAGAGGAUGAUCAAAUUCUCAGUGAGAUUUCAAAGAGUCAACGCAGUGUAACAAUCAAGGAUACGAUUAUAGAAAGGGUCAUGGAUGAUCCUGUCAUGAUGAUCGUAUAUGAUGGACUACGAAAGAAGCACAUUGACUACUUCAAGGGGCUCACCAAUAUCAAUCCUAGAUUGGAGUUUGAGUUUAUUCUACGAGUAGUUGCCAUUUACGAACGUAUGGGAUGCGAUCUGAUAUCUUUGUAUAUCGUGAAGAACUUCAACUUCAUGAAAAGGACAGAGAUCAUAACGCACAUCAUUGAGAAGGACCAGAAGGUAAUCAAGAACGGAAAUACCACACAUGUUGACAACGGACAUGCUCAAUUGGAACAAGCUACAAAGAACGGAAAUGUUGAAGUUUCGCCCAAGAUUGAAGAAAACAAUUCUGCCAUUAGUUCGACCUCUAGUGACCAUACGAGACGUAAAUCUGUCGGGUUUUCCAAGAAAUUGCAACCGCCUCCUACUGAAUUCCAAGAACCCGAUAUGAGUUCUUUCAAUUUUGGAUUUUAG